UGAAUAAAAAUAGCAACCAUCACUGUGAAAGGAAACAAAUGUCGCUCAACAGAAUAAGCUGGAAUUUUCUGGAAUUAAAAUACCUAUGCAUUUUUAAACACUUCUCUUAAUAAUCGUUCAUCAUUUUGAUUCUUCGCUAUAUUCAUCACUUCACAGAGCAUUUGGAUUUAGGUGGGCUGCACAGAUGGCAGAGGCUCAUCAUCCGACUACCAGUGCACCGGAAAACUCAUUUCCCUCAGGGGGCGAUGGGAAUGGAGCUGCUGGUUUUGAAUGUAACAUUUGUUUCGAUUUAGCACAGGAUCCGGUGAUAACACUCUGUGGGCAUCUAUAUUGCUGGCCAUGCCUUUAUAGAUGGCUAAAAGGUCACUCUCAGUCCCAUGGAUGCCCUGUUUGCAAGGCCCUGAUAGACGAUGAGAAGGUGAUUCCUCUUUACGGCCGAGGGAAGACCCCAGUUGAUCCAAGAUCAAAACCUGUGCCAGGCAUCGAAAUCCCUAAUAGACCACCAGGGCAGAGACCUGAACCAGCACGAUUUUUAGAUAAUAAUCUCGCUAGUCUUAUUCUGGGACUCAUGGGAGGAUUUAUACCAGUUGCAAUGUCUGCUGGUUUUGGAGGGCUUGUAUUCCCUCUUUUCAGUGUUCAGCUUCAAGGGUUCCCAAGUGCAAACGAUCAUGGUGGAUCAUCAGGGUAUAAUUAUGGAUAUGCUGGUUCGUUCCAUGAUAGUGAAGGCCAAGUGAAUCAAGACACUAGUCAAGCUUCUCAGGCAGAUGAUGAGAAUCUGAAGAAGAUUCUUCUUGUAGUCCUCUUGGUAUUGUUUGCUUUUUUGACAUUGUAAAAGACUAGUCUGCCCAACCAUUGUGUAGAAGAAUUUGAAAAUACCCAGUGCCAGUUCUUUGUCAUGGGGUCCUUGGAGUGUGCAUGCUUGAUAUUUGUAUACACUGUAAAUUUAUAUGAAAUUCAAAUGAAUUGCUAUUUGAAAUGAAA